CUUCUCGAGCAGUUCACACACACGCAGUUCUGUGGAUUCGUUGCGGGGAUUCAGAGAGUUCUCCUUGCUAAACAUCACAAAAAUGUCCAGUCGGGUACCCAUCGUUUCCCCAGAGGAUCUGGAGAGUAUCGCCCUAACCAGGACAGGUUCUGGCUUCAUUCUCAAAGCUUUCCACACACCUCGGAACACGGAUGUCAUCUUGAAGCUGUUGACUUGCAAGAACCCAACAGACAGAGACCUGAAGGCACUGCUUGAAGAGGUAGCUGGCAUCCAGCAGAUUCAUUGUGAAAGACUCAUGCCUUCCAUUGGCAUCUACCAGUUCCAAGGACUUCUCGGGGUGGUUACUGAAUGGAUGCACAACGGAUCACUCCAUGCCCUCAUCCAUGAGCAUGAACUCUAUCCGGAUCUGCCUCUUCCUUUGUGCAUGAGGAUCCUGACAGAUGUAGCAGAAGGCCUCAGCCAUCUACACAGUUUGGAGCCCCCCAUCCUUCACCGCAGCCUGAAACCUUCCAAUGUCCUCCUAGAUCUUGAGUACAGAGCUAAGGUAUCAGAUUAUGGCUUCCCCACCUGGCGAAGGCAGCAAUUGAUGUCUGACCUACAGAACUGCAACAAAAGUUGUUGGGAUUUGCUUUACCUCUCCCCUGAAAUACUCCAAGGAGGCAACUUCUCUCAAGAAAGUGAUAUUUACAGCUUUGGAAUGAUGUGUUGGGAAACCAUAAGCAGACAGAAGCCGUUGGAAGGCAAGAAGACCUUGCUCGAAGCUGUGACUAGCAUCUGCAGCGGAGUCCGCCCUGGCCUUGACCCAGUUUUUAUUCCCUGUGACCUCCCUCAUCGAAGCAGACUGCUGCAGCUCAUCGCUCUCUGCUGGCACCAAGAGCCCAGUUACAGGCCGCAGGCUGCAGAUUGCACAGCAUCGCUACAGGAUGUUCUUGGUAUGUUUAGGAAGGAGAUGAUUUCUGACGCAAUCUACAGUCUGAUUCACGCCAAGGACUGUGCUACAGAUGCUGCAAAAAGCCCGGUUUCUCAUGGGCUUGAAACAGAUUUGCGCAAUUUGGAGGCAAUUCAUCCCCAGAACCACAACAGGCCCACCAAACAGAUUACUCUGAAACCAGAAUGCUUGCCAGGCACCCACCUUGAAAGCGACACACACAGGCAAGAAAAGGUCGUUAAGCAGAUACCAUUCGCCACCCUUCCUAAUAUAACCUUGGAAAAAGGUCAGCCAGCUGGCAGCAGCAAAGGAUCAAACCCUCGCCGUUCGUUACCCACUCUUCUUACACCGGAUCCAAGUAAAAAAGUCAACUUUCCCUCUCGCAGGAAGUCAGAAGGUUGGCAGCAGCCACCUCCUCUGCAGGGACCCCACCACAGCCCUUCCCAAGAUCUGUGCUGCCAAGGAAGCUGCUGUACCAUCCUGGCUUGUGGGCGAGAAACCAUCUUGAGCUUUAUGACGGAAGGGCGCCUGAACCACAUCUUGGACGUCCUGCGCUCCCGGCAGAUCUUAUCCAAGAAGGACUAUGAAACAAUCACUUCGUUCCCCACUGUGACCAGUCGGGCGCGUGCUUUGCUGGACACUUGCCUAGGACUUGGGGAGAGAGCUGCCCAAACUGUUGUGGCUGUUUUGUCUGCCAGCAAGUGCAGCCCUUUGGCAUGAAGUCUCCCGACCAAUGCAGUGAAUUGAGCGGCUUUUCGCAUAGCACGUCAUUCACAAGUGUCUCUGUGAAUGGUAACUGUGUGCUGGCAUUGAUUCAUGUGUUUUCCGGGCCUGCAGUCACAGAUGACAGAGUCUCACCCACUUCCGCUCCGUGACUUUAACCAAAGGAGAAUGGGAUUAAGAGAUCAAGUCACCCACUGCCUCUGCUCAUAACCAUCAGAGUCCUUUUUGUUAAUAAUGAUGGAUCUUUGAGAUGUUCGAAUUAGGGCACAGUGGAAGUCUAGUGUUGGCUCUUCUUAAAAUGUAUUGUGGCGCUCUCGUUUUUCAUACUGGGAGAGAGGAGAUUGCCAAGACUUGGCAAAUGAAGGGGAAAAGGCACCUAAGGCCAGGGUUGCCCUGUGGAGCAGCAACAAAGGACACAUGCUGGGGAAAGCAAAUUGUAAGGGCAAACGCAAGGAAGCCAAGACCCCCUGCAGGGCAGCUGGGUUCAAAUGAACUUUUGUUAAUUGCAGAGUUUCAAGAGGGCUUAUGAGUAACCACUUGGUUGGAUGUAAGGAGCGAGUUAUUACUGUCUAUGCUUGAAAUCGAGUCUGGUGAAUUCUCAGAGGCUCUGAUCCGCCUGAACGGGCACGUUGGUCUGAUGGAUAAGAUAGUGCUGAAUGUUCCUAAUGUGUCUGAUCACAUCCACUUAAAUAAGUGGCGGUGAUGAACUUGGCAAUAGUCCAGAGGAGGGGCUGAAGUCAUGAGGUGGACCGAAUGCCAAAACUAAGUGGGCAGGAGACUGCUGGAGAGGCAGGCUUUCGGAGCUCUUGGGAGGAGAGGCAGGCUGUAGAACCAGGGCUUUUUUUCAGGGGGAACAUAGUGGAACGGAGUUCCGGCACCUCUUGAGAAUGGUCACAUGGCCGGUGGCCCCGCCCCCCUGAUCUCCAGACAGAGGGGAGUUUAGGUUGCCCUCCGCCCCGUUCGGCAGCGUGGAAGGCAAUCUAAACUCCCCUCUGUCUGGAGAUCAGGGGGUGGGGCCAGUGGCCGUGUGACCACUUUCGCCAAGGCCGAUUUUAAAAACUCUCCCCUUGUUCCAGCUGACCCAAAGUGACAUCAUUGUGCGGUCUUGAGUUUCACUACUGAGUUCCACCGCCUCUUUUCCCAGAAAAAAAGCCCCGUGUAAAACAAUAAUCAAUAUAUAUUGGGGUUUCUUUUCAGUGUGACAGAAACAACUUUGACUUGAGAUUGCUCAUAGCAUCUCUGUUAAGGCAAACAGCACCAGCUUUAGCUCAAGAACAGCUUGAAGGACGGGUCUGAUGACUCUGUGGGCCAAGCUACACAUGACGAAUGACACUUGAACAGCAAGUGUAUUUCUCCCUGUUCACUUGCCCGCCACUCAAUCCACUUGCCGUUCAAGUGUCAUUCGUCAUGUGUAGCUUGGCCCUCAGUGAAGCUUUGAAUUGGCAAUUGCACAUUCAUCAGCAGAAUUGGAUGCCCCCCUCCCACUUUAUCCAAUUUUGUGGGAUCAUAAAAAUUAGAUGCUGAGAAAUACAGCUCUGUAUCAAGUUACAUGACUUAUACUUACCUACAAGGCCAGGGGUCCCCAGCCUUUUUGAGUCUGUGGGCACCUCUGGAAUUCCGACAUAGGGUGAUAGGAGCAACCACAAAAUGGCUGCUGCAGGAGGCAGAGCAAACCACAAAAUGGCUGCUGUGGGAGGUGGAACCAUGCACACGUACAGAGGAAGCCUAAGUGCAGGGGAGAAGGGGAGUUUUUUUUUUAAUUAUCUGGGGAAUUCUGGGGGAAAGGCAUGAGAGAGAGAAUAAAACAAACACUGUGAUAGCAAUUGCUGCCAAAACAAUGUUAUUGAAAUCUGCAUAGCUAAUCGGAAGCCCUGCUGAGUAAGAGCCCCACCUGGCCCCACCCACUUUCUAAAAUACUUGGUGGGUGCCAGGAAAGGUAUCAGAAGGAGCGAUAGUGCCCUUGGGCACAAUAUCGAGCACCCCUGAACUAGGCCAUAUUUUAUUCAUGUCAUGCAAAAUGUUUUUUACAUUUUCAUGAAGAUCCUUUAAUUAAAGAAUGUAUUUUAUUAAUAAUACAUAUUAGACCAAAUUGCACUUAUUCCAUACAGAUUAAGUGCUAGUGUAAUCCACUGUUGUCUGAUAAAUAAAAGGUUUUCUGCAAUUGUGUUUCUCAAACUGCAGCCAGGCCCCAGAAGUGAGUCACAACUGUCUUGUGGGUGGAUUGCAAGGCCAAGAGGGAGGAAGAGGAACAGGAUGGGCUGGGAAAGGAAGCUCUGAGUGGCUGGAUGGCAAACUUAGGUUUACUUCUGCAGAACAUCUGAAAUGGCCUUGGUCAAUGCACCUGACCAAUGUAGGCUUGCCAUUCCCCCACCGGGGAUGGGGGGAUCCUCUGCUCCCACCUCCUCCCUCCUGCCCCCACUUACCUGGCCAGCAGGGGGCACGACCCCGGGGCACCCGCAGUGGCGCAGCGCACCCCUGGGCAGCACAGCGUGCUCCUACACCCCACAACAGACCUGUUUCGGGCCGAAUCAAGCCCGCGAGGGGGGGCCGAUUCAGUCCUUUGGCAAGCGUGGGAGUGCUCCCGGGUUGCCCUUUGUCUCGUGUGAUGAUGUCACUUCCUGGAAGUGAUGUCAUCAUGCACGCCGGGAGUGCGAGAGAGAGAGAGAGAAGACUCCAAAGCCAAAGGGUAAGUGCCAGGCUCCAAGUCUCCCACCGGGGGACUAAAGGGAGCUGGCAACCCUACUAUAAUGGUAUAUAUUUAUAAAGAUGAAACAUGAAAAAUAAAAUAAUAAAUUUGUUCCAUGUUUUAACUA